UUCUUCUUCAGAGAAAUAAUAGAUAAGAAUAUUGAAUUCAAGUUGAACAGUGACAUGCCUGAACUCUGCAGAAACAACACUCUAUUCUGGGACUGGAACCUGACUAUAAGAGGGGAGAAGCCAUUAUUUUCUCCUUGCUUCCUUUCCUCUGUUCCUGUGUGGGUGAUCCAUGGCUGGAUAUGGAUUGUCUCUCCUUUCUAUAUGUAUUACCUGAUUAGACAGAAAACAAGUCCAAAUCCUCUAAGCUGGAGAAUCAUCUUAAAAACGUUACUCCUGACAAUUAAUAUUGUAUUAUUAAUUGUUGAGUGGAUAGUUGAGGAUGCGUCUCAUUAUUUGACAUGGAAGACAGCUGUAUUCAGCUGUACUCUGCAGAUCAUUACACUGGUUUUGGUGGGUUUCUACAUUUAUAUGGAGCGAUGGAAGGGCUUUGUCACUUCAGGGGUUUUAUUCAUUUACUGGACUGUGGCCAUCGUAAUUAAUACUGUCCCACUCUACCACAGAAUUCUCCUAUCGGAAUAUUCUGGAAGCUGUCUGUCAUUGGCCCUGUUUUCUACUAUCUAUGGGAUACAGUGGAUGCUGUGGUUUUUGUCCUGUUUUGCUGAAACUCAAAAAUCCAAGGACAAGGGGAAUAGCCCAUAUUCAAAAUCUUCCUUUCCGGUCAGGCUAUUUUUUUCCUGGACUUUUUGGGUUUUAACCAAAGGAUACAGAAGAACUUUAAAACAAGACGAUAUUUAUCCCUUAGAUUCUAAUGACAGAGCUGAUUACCUGUUUACUAAAUAUUCAAAAUGCCGGAAACGCUCAGAAAAUAACAGACGGAAGCGUAUUAAAAUAAAAAAGGAACAAGAAGAUGCAGGAGAAUCCUUGCUUACUGAGGUUGGACAUACACAUUAUUCCGACCCUCGUACUUCCAAUCAAUCCCUUUUGACCAUCCUUUUAAAAAUUUUUGGAUGGGAAUAUCUAAAAUUCCAUCUACUUACUACACUCAUGCUUGUCACUAGAUUUACCAACCCUCAAUUACUCAGCUUACUUCUAGAGUUUAUAGCAGAACCUGGGACAAACCAGCUAUGGUGGGGUUAUAUGUUGGCCGUAUCACUUUUUGUAGUAUCAGUGAUAGAGGUUUUCCUUCACUAUCACUCUAUGUACACGGCCUGGAACCUUGGGAAAAGAGUCAGUGCUACACUAAUGACUGCACUGUAUAAAAAGGCAUUGACAGUAAGUCGCAACUCAAAGCAGACCUCAUCAGUUGGUGAAAUUUUAAAUUUGAUGUCGGUCGAUACUUCUACCAUUCAAGACAACAUGAUGUUCGUCGGGAUCUGGAUUGAAGCACUUGUGGAGACAAUGCUGGCUCUUUAUUUUCUGUAUGAGAUCCUUGGUUAUGCCAUGUUUGCAGGAUGUGGGGUUUUGGCUCUUUUGGUACCAAUGAAUGCUUUCCUUGCCUCUAGAACAUUUAGGGUGAUGCAGGAACAAAUGAAAGUCAAAGACUGGAGAAUUAAUCUUUUAUCUGAAGUUAUCAAUGGCAUAAAGGUCUUAAAGCUGUAUGCUUGGGAAAUGACUUUUAAAAACAAAAUUAUAGAUGUAAGAAACAAGGAACUUAAAAAACUACUGCAUUUGAGGGUCUUAGAGCGAAUCUUGGAAACACUUUUUCACAUAACACCUGUUAUAGUGAUAUUUUCUACGUUCUUUACAUACGUUCGCAUCAGUGAUAAACCUCUUGAGGCCAGGACAAUAUUUGUCUCUCUUUCUCUAUUCAAUAUUCUAAGAUUUGCCAUCGACAUGAUACAAGUGGCUCUACGCAAAAAUUUGAACUUCUUCGUGGCAGUCAAACGAAUUAACAAAUUCCUAAACAGAACAGAUAUCCAAGAAGAUGUUGUUCAAAGAAAUUUCAAACAAGAGAAAGCCAUUGAAAUCAGAAACGGUGUGUUUGCUUGGGAUGGCAACCGUAUCCUAGAAGAUGUGAAUGUAGAAAUCCCAGAGGGAAGCCUUGUAGCAGUCGUUGGACAGGUCGGACAGGGGAAGUCAUCACUGCUGUCAGCAAUACUGGGGGAGAUGACAAAAAUAAGGGGGAACGUUAGCAUUAAGGGGUCUAUUGCAUAUGUUUCACAGCAGGCCUGGAUUCAGAACGCUACCAUACAGGAUAACAUCCUUUUCGGAUUCAAAUUGGACAAGGAACGAUAUAACAGAAUAGUAGAGGCCUGUGGUCUGACGCCUGAUCUGAAUAUGUUUCCUGCAGGAGAUCAGACAGAAAUAGGAGAAAAGGGGAUUAACCUGAGUGGUGGACAGAAGCAGAGAGUAAGUCUUGCUCGGGCCGUGUACAAUGAUGCAGACAUCUACCUCCUUGAUGACCCACUGUCUGCUGUCGAUUCUCAUGUUGGCAGCCAUAUAUUUGAGGAAGUAAUUGGGUCGUCAGGGUUACUGAAAAACAAGACUUGCAUUUUGGUUACACACGGGAUCCAGUGGUUACCAAAAGUUGAUGAGAUAAUUGUGCUGGUGGAUGGGAAAAUAUCAGAGACUGGCUCUUAUGAUAAACUUCUCAGUCAUGCUGGACCUUUUGCAGAUUUUUUAGAGAAUUAUUUGAUGGAUGUUGAAGGGGAGAUUGAAGAGGAGCUCCGAGUAAAUGUCUUACAGAGAUUAACAUCACUAACCUCCGACGAAACCAAUGGAUCAACCUUUGACUUGAGACAGUCUAUAAACGACCUAAAUGUAAAACAUUUGAAAAUAAAGAGCUCCUCCAGCAUUGCAACAGAUAGACAGACUUCAGUGAACCUAGAGUCAGUGGCAAAGAAAAACAAUGUUAAAGAUAAUCUUAUCGAAGAGGAGUCAACAGAAACUGGACAGGUGAAAUGGCAGCGGUUUAUGACUUACUUCAGGGCAAUAUCUCUGAAGUACUGCAUUCUCUUGGUGAUGUUUUAUGGACUCGGAGAGUGUAUGACCCUGCUCGGAAACAUUUGGCUUAGCAAAUGGACAGAGGAUCCCGUUUUUAGAUUGGUUAAUCAAACUAUCCAUGAUGCAAACGUCCAAGAAAGGAAUACAUAUUUCCUAGGAAGUUACAUGGGUUUUGGAUUAGGGCAAAUCAUUUCUGUGGUGCUGUAUGGAAUUUUGUUUGUACUUAGAACAACUGCUGCGUCUCGCACAAUGCAUACGAACCUUCUACACUCAAUUCUGCGCUGUCCAAUAAGUUUUUUUGACACCACUCCAUCAGGACGAAUCAUUAACCGUUUUUCUAAAGACAUGGAGUCAAUAGACACCGUAUUUCCUUGGUAUUUAGAAAUGGUCAUGUUCUGUAUUAUUUCACUUCUGGGAGUUCUGGUUGCUAUUACGUACAGCUCUCGCUGGUUUCUCCUGGUAGCCAUCCCAAUCGGCAUGUUGUACUUCCUGUUGCUGAGUUUUUACUUACCAACCUCAAGACAACUAAGAAGAAUUUCCUCAAACAACAGAUCUCCAAUUUACAGUUAUUUCAGUGAAACCUUGGCUGGUGCCAGUGUUAUCAGGGCAUUUGGUAAAGAAAACGAGUUUAUGUCUGAGCUUCAGAGGAGAGUGAAUGAUUACCACCAGGUCAAGUGGGCUGAAAUGUCUGUUGAUGGGUGGAGAGGUAUACAUGUUGCAAUGCUGGGAUGCUUUGUGAUAUUAGCAGCCUCUAUAAUCUCAGUAGUAACCAGAAACAGUAUUAGUGCAGGGAUGGCUGGACUCUCAAUAUCCUACUCCUUCAAUGUAACGAACCUGAUGAGCUGGUUGCUGUACACAAUAACCACUGUGGAAACAAAUGCAGUAUCUGUAGAAAGAAUAGCAGAGUACACAGACAAAGAACCAGAGGCUGACCUAGUCAACGCUGAUCACCGACCUCCAGAGGACUGGCCGAGUGAAGGUCAGGUCACUCUGACCUCCUACUCUACACGAUACAGACCUAAGCUAGACUUAGUUCUGAAGGAUAUCAAUGUCACUAUCAAACCCGGAGAAAAGGUUGGCAUUGUUGGGAGGACAGGGGCAGGUAAAUCUUCCCUGACUCUGGCUUUGUUCCGUUUGAUUGAACCAGCUUCUGGGAACAUAGAGAUAGACGGAGUCAAGUUAACAGAUCUAGGACUUCAUGACUGUAGAUCCAAGCUGACUAUAUUGCCUCAGGAUCCAGUGUUGUUUUCUGGAACUCUACGGGUGAACAUAGAUCCAAUGGACCAGAAAACUGAUGGAGAGAUUUGGAAUGCUCUUGAGCAUGCUCAUCUGAAAUCUUUUGUGCAGUCUCUGCCUACUGGAUUAGAAUCAGAGUGUGGGGAGGGUGGAGGUAACCUCAGUGUGGGUCAAAAGCAGUUGGUUUGUCUGGCGCGGUCUCUGUUGAGGAAAACAAAAAUUCUGAUUCUGGAUGAAGCCACCGCUGCUGUAGACCUGGAGACAGAUGAUCUGAUACAGAGGACGAUACGUGAAGAAUUCCGGGAAUGUACAGUGUUGACCAUCGCACACAGGAUCAACACAGUGAUGGACUACGACAGAAUUUUGGUUCUUGACAAUGGUCGUUUACUGGAAUCUGACACACCACAGAAUCUGAUGGCCGACACUAAGAGUCUGUUUCAUGAACUGGCCAAAAAUGCUGGCAUUAUAAAAUAAACUACCUU